ACUGCAGAUUUCAUACAAUGCAUCAUUCCGGCAGGCGUUACGUGGUGGCCUUUUGAGACUACGAAUUUUCAGUGCGGUUAAAGUUCCAGACUAAAAUAUUUAGACGGGUUGACCAAAUUGCUUCACCGGUUUUGCACAAUAUAGACUUGGUAUCAAUCUUUGACCAUUCACUAAGGUUUUCCAAGUGACUUGAAUAAGCAAUAUCAGGAAAACCCACCAUAAAAUGGCGGCCACCCUGAAGCCCUAUCUGACGGCUGUGCGUCACACUCUGACGGCGGCCAUGUGUCUGGAGGACUUCUCCUCACAGGUGGUGGAGCGGCACAACAAGCCGGAGGUGGAAGUCAGGACUAGCAAGGAGCUGCUGCUCACGCCCGUCAUCAUCAGCCGCAACGAGAAGGAGCGCGUGCUGAUCGAGGCGUCCAUCAACUCGAUCCGCGUCAGCAUCGCCAUCAAGCAGGCGGACGAAAUCGAGAAAAUCCUCUGCCACAAGUUCAUGCGCUUCAUGAUGAUGCGCGCCGAGAACUUCGUCAUUCUGCGGCGGAAGCCGGUGCAGGGCUAUGACAUCAGCUUCCUGAUCACGAACCAUCAUACGGAGGCGAUGUACAAACAUAAGCUGGUGGACUUCGUCAUCACGUUCAUGGAGGAGAUCGACAAGGAGAUCAGCGAGAUGAAGCUGGCGGUAAACGCGCGCGCCAGGAUAUGCGCCGAGGAGUUUCUCAAACGGUUCUAGCCGCCGGGCGGCGCCGGGCUGACGGACGGCUGGUCC